AUGUCGUCUCGACAACAGCCGCCAUGGCAGCAACCUGCCUCCCACCCCGAAGCGCAGCAACUCCCCGCUUUGAAAGUUUGGAACUCCUUGACUAAGUCUAAGACGCCCUUUAUCCCAAUCGACCCUGCCGGCAAGAAGGUCUCCUGGUACGCGUGUGGGCCGACUGUGUACGACGAUUCGCAUUUGGGACACGCCCGCAACUAUGUUAGCACCGAUAUCAUCCGGCGCAUUAUGCGCGACUACUUCAAGUUCGACGUCCACUUCGUGAUGAACAUCACAGACGUUGAUGACAAGAUCAUCCUGCGCGCGAGACAGCAACACCUCUUCAACGAAUUCGUCACAAUCAACCCCACAGUCACACCGGACGUGCUCGACACCGCCAAGAAGGCCUACUCUGCCUACAUUAAGAAGAAUCUCUCCUUGUUGAGCCCUGACCUCGCCCCCUCAGAAUACCAAAAUGAGGUGGAGAAGGCUUACGCAACGGUGCUGAGCGGUGGAGCUUUGGCUGGCAACGAAAAGGCGGGUGAUGACGAGGCCAAGGUUAAAAUGCACAUCAAGACAGUGGCAUCGGCUGCAAAGGUUCUUGCCCAAGCUCAGGCCAGCACAGCUGCCGACCCCGCGUUGUUUGCCGAGUCCUUCUACUCCAGUGCUCAGGAUGUUCUCCUCCCAUACCUGGAUGCCUUGAAGGGCGCAUUGAUCGACGCCAAUGAUCACGGAAUCUUCACAAAGCUCACUCGCAAAUAUGAGGAGCGUUUCAUGAAUGACAUGCGGGAUCUUAAUGUCCUCGACCCCGAUGAGCUGACUCGUGUUACCGAAUACGGCCCUGAGAUCGCGGAUUUUGUCGAGCGCAUUGUGAAGAACAACUUCGGAUAUGUCACUGAGGAUGGAUCGGUGUAUUUCGAUAUCAACGCUUUUGAGGGUGCAGGACACAAGUACGCCCGUCUUGAGCCCUGGAGUCGCUCUGAUAACAAAUUGGCUGCUGAGGGUGAGGGAGCCCUUACUAGCAAGACCAGCGAGAAGCGUGGUGCUUCCGACUUUGCUCUCUGGAAGUCUUCUAAGCCUGGAGAGCCAAGCUGGGACAGCUCUUGGGGCAAGGGUCGCCCUGGCUGGCACAUCGAGUGCUCGGCCAUGGCGUCUGCCCGACUUGGCCAGCAGAUGGAUAUUCACUCGGGUGGUAUCGAUCUUGCUUUCCCCCACCACGAUAAUGAGUUGGCUCAGAGUGAGGCAUACUUCCAUAACCACGAACAGUGGGUUAACUACUUCUUGCACAUGGGUCACCUGUCUAUCCAGGGCUCCAAGAUGUCCAAGUCCUUGAAAAACUUCACUACAAUUCGGGAAGCACUAGAGAAGGAGCAGUGGACAUCAAGAAGCCUGCGAAUUACAUUCCUUCUUGGUGGCUGGAAGGAUGGCGUAGAGAUUACUGACGAGCUUGUCUCUGCCUGCAGCUCCUGGGAAGACAAGGUGAACAACUUCUUCAUUAAGGUGAAGGACCCCGCCGCUCUCCAGGGCUCUGCCUCCCCUGACAACACUUUCGGUGCCGACCUUGAAGCGGCCAAGACUGCUGUAGACGGUUAUCUUUGUGAUUCUUUCAACACCGUGGGAGCUAUGAACGCCAUCUCAGAGCUCAUCACCAAAUACAACACCGCCGACAAGGCCACUAUCAACCCUGACGAUGUCAAGGCUGCCGCUCAAUUCAUCACUCGAUUGGUUAAUAUCUUUGGUCUCAACGGAUCCGCUCCCGCUGACACCACUGAGAUCGGUUGGUCGGGUAUCGAUGUCCCUGAGGAGGCUAAGCCUUUCAUCUUGCCCCUUUCUACCAUGCGUGAUACUCUCCGCCAAGCGGCCCGCUCAAAGGAGGGAAUCUCCGCCCAGGUGAUUGAACAGGCUACCAAGGAGUCUGCAUCCCAGGAUAUUUCUGAUGCCGCCAAGCCUUACGCCGAGGUCCUCUCCAACUUCCGUGCCUCGGCCUCUGCUUUGCAGUCAUCUGACACCGCUGGAAAGGAGAUUCUGGCUCUCUGCGAUCGCGUCCGAGACAUUGACCUCUUCGAUCUCGGCCUCUACCUCGAGGACCGCGAUAACCUCCCCGCUCUCAUCCGCCCUGUGACCCGUGAAAUGAUCCAGGCUCGCGAGGAAAAGGCCGAACGCGCUCGCCAAAAGGUCCAGGCUCAGAAGGCGAAGGAAGAGGAGGCUCUCAAGAAACUUGAGAAGGGCAAGCUCAGUCACCUAGAGAUGUUCCGCACUAGCGAGUACAGCGCCUGGGAUGAUGAGGGUCUUCCCACCCGUGACACCGCUGGAGAGGAGAUCACCAAGAGCCGGGCAAAGAAGCUUCGCAAGGACUGGGAGCGCCAGAAGAAGGCUCACGAGGCAUGGUUGGCAAGCCAGGCCAAAUAG